AUGGAUCGUUUAGCAUUCAACUGCUUGAAACGUUUCAUUCUAGCUCUUACUUUGCUUAUUCUCCAGUGCAGUUGUCAUUUAUUUGAUGGUGCUGGAGACACCCUUUCGUUGGGGGCUUCCCUGAGGGAAAAGCAGACCAUCAUUUCAAAGAAUGGCACUUUUGAAUUGGGAUUUUUUAGUCCCAACAGAACCAACAACUGGUAUGUUGGCAUUUGGUAUGCCUACAUCUCUGAGAAGACUAUCAUUUGGGUGGCUAACAGAGAGACUCCCAUCAGAGACAUGCCCGGCGUUUUUACGCUCUCUUCAACUGGUUAUCUCACUGUCUCUGAUUCGCAAGGAAAAGUCAUUUGGUCGAGUAAUAAUACCCAGCAUACAAAGGGAUCCAGGGCUUCCAUACUCGACACUGGUAAUUUUGUUCUUUUUGGCGCCCAAAACACUUCUGAGAUUGUAUGGGAGAGCUUUGGAGAUCCCACAGAUACACGUUUGCCUACGAUGAAGUUUUGGAAGGGCUUGAAACUAAAAUCAUGGAAAAGUUCGGUGGAUCCAGCGCCUGGGCCCUUCUUUCAACAAAUGAAUCCAUCUCCAGGAAAAACUGACCUUCAACUGCAGUACAAAAAUGGUGUUCCAUAUUACAGUACGGGAGAAUGGACUGGUAGCUACUUUACCAAUUUGCCAGGGAUUCUAUAUUAUUCCGGUUUGAAGCUGGAAUUCGUGGUGUUUUCUCCCACAAGAAUGUACUACACAUAUAAGCUUGGACCCCAACUUCUGGCUAGUACGAUGAUGGUGAGACAUGUUCUCAAAUGGAACGGCCGGCAAGCUAUUAAUCUACACUAG